CACAACAUGUCAUCCCCCGACUGGCUAAACAAAGGCGACAAUUCAUGGCAACUCGCCGCGGCCACUCUCGUGGGCCUCCAAAGCGUCCCUGGCCUCGUCAUCAUCUACGGCAGCAUCGUCAAGAAGAAAUGGGCCGUCAACUCCGCAUUCAUGGCUCUCUAUGCCUUUGCCGCGGUCGUCGUCUGUUGGUCAAUCUGGGCUUUCCGCCUCUCCUUCGGCGACCCACUUCUACCCUUCUGGGGCCGUCCGGAUCUCGCCGUACUCACUAAUAGCUAUAUCACCUCCCCAGGCUUCGCCGGCAUGUAUCCGGCCGCCACGCUCGUCUACUUCCAAUCGGUGUUCGCGGCCAUAACCCUUAUUCUGAUCGCCGGUGCUUUGCUCGGCCGGAUGAAUUUCAAGGCUUGGAUGCUAUUUGUGCCGCUGUGGCUUACUUUUUCUUACAGCAUUGGAUGCUUCAGUUUAUGGAGUCCGAAUGGGUUUCUGUCGAAGGCGGGGGUGAUGGACUUCGCCGGAGGAUAUGUUAUUCAUCUUUCGUCCGGAAUUGCAGGGCUCACCGCCGCCUAUUGGGUGGGCCCAAGGAUACACAAGGACCGCGAGCGCUUCCCUCCGAACAACAUCCUCCUAACCCUCGCCGGCGCCGGCAUGCUCUGGCUCGGCUGGACCGGUUUCAACGGCGGCGCUCCGUACGCCGCCAACAUCGACGCUUCCGUCGCCAUCCUAAACACCCACAUAUGCACCGCCACCAGCCUCCUCAUCUGGCUCUGCCUCGACAUCUCCUUCUUCGGCAAACCCUCUGUCAUCGGCGCCGUCCAGGGCAUGAUCACCGGCCUCGUUUCCAUAACCCCCGCCGCCGGCCUCGUCCAGUCCAAUUCGGCCCUUCUCAUCGGCGUUUUCUCCGGCAGCAUUCCUUGGUUCACUAUGAUGGUUCUCCACAAACGCAUUCGCUUUCUCAAAAAGAUCGACGACACGCUCGCCAUUUUCCACACGCACGGCAUCGCGGGCGCACUGGGCGGGCUAUUAACGGGCCUUCUGGCCGACCCGAAGCUGACCAAGUUAUUUUUUGGGGAUGACCCGAAAUUCAUCGGGCUAGUUUUCGCGUUGAAGGAUGGGAGGGUUCGGGCCGGGUUCAGGCAGAUGGGCAUGCAGGUGGUGGGGAUACUGUUCGUUGCUUCUUGGAAUGUGGUGGUGACGACGACGAUAUGUCUGGUGAUUAGGAUGGUGGUGGUGCUGAGGCUGAGGGAGGAGGAGCUGGUGGUGGGCGAUGAUGCCAUACAUGGGGAGGAUGCCUAUGCGGUAUGGGGGGAUGGGGAGACAUAUGAGAGGUCUGUUCAUGGCCAUGUGGGCUUUGAUGGGGUUAAGGAUGAGGAGAUGAUGUGA